UGGUGAAAUACAGAACAAAAAAAAAUCUCUUUGGUGAAACCAAUAAUAAAUAACCCUAAAAUCUAACUUCUAAACUUUUUAUCUUACUGUUUGUGCCUCUUCCAACAUUAUAAAUACAUCAGAAUUAUUCACAUUGCAUAAGACUUAUUGAAAAAAAAAUUUAUGUCUUCAUAAUUUUUAAAAGUAAUUAAUUCAAUAAAACCCUGACAGACGUAGUGUAGGUAACUAGAUAUCUAGUAUCUUAGAAUUUAUUUGAUAUGUCGAAAGCUGCAGGAAAAACGUUAAAAUCAAGCGAAGAAAUAUUCGCAGGAUUCCAGACAUUGCGAACCGAGCAGAGACAAUUAGCGAAUAAAAUAACUGAAUUAGAAAUGGAUCUAAAUGAACACAAAAUUGUGAUAGAGACAUUAGAAACUGUGGAACCUUCUCGUAAAUGUUUCCGAAUGAUUGGUGGUGUUCUAGUGGAGCGAACUGUUGCUGAUGUGCUUCCACAGCUGCAAGGCAACAAGGAGAGGCUUCCUCGCGCAUUGCAGGCACUAAAUGAGCAGUUAGCACGUAAAGGUCAAGAAAUAAAUGACUACAUUGAAAAGUAUGAUAUCCGAGUACAGCGUGGAUUUCCACAGCCAUCUGAAACUGUGGAACAAGAAGGAGGAACACCGUCCACCAAAUCCAAUGUACUGGUGGCUAGCAAUUGAGACAUUACUUGUUAGAGCUCUCAUUUUAUUACUCUGUGGUUAUUAUCAGCUCCAGUUUUUUGGAUCUAAUGUUGAUGUAGUGGACUAACGCUUUUUGUACUGAUUUGAAUAUAUUAUUAUUAAAAUGCUAUUUAAUUGGAAUAAUUGAGCACUUUUUAAAAUAGGAAAGUUAAAAAUAUUUUAUUUAUACACAAGAGCUUUUAACAUGCUUAGGUAUUGUAAACUUAAAAAACAAGUUUACAACCUCUGCGAAAGAGUCCUUCAGAGUGACAAUGGGAGUGAUAUAAUAAAUACUAAAAUCUGAAUGAUGUGAAUUUACUUGAACAAUAAAUUAUGAAAUAAAAUUAAGCUCAUGAAGUUAAACAGGCAAUCAACAUGUCAAAUUAUUACUACGUACAUUUAACAUUUUUGAAGUUAAAUUAAAGAAUUAUUAAUAAUGAAUCGCAAUACUUUGUACUCUUUAUUGAUGCUAACUUUUAAAUCUCAUAAUGUCAAAUGUUUGGUACUUAACCCAUAUAUGCACAUGAGAUCAAAACCAACCCAAAUAUUUGUCAUUUUUCUCUUGUUGCUUGAAGUUUGGAAUUGGAAUUUGGGCAUUCCAUUUCUGCUCCAAAAAUCAGGCUAUUACCCAUGCAGGACCACAUUAGCAAGUAUAAAUAGACAUACCAUCUAAUAGAAUAUAUAAAGUUACUGUGCAUUCAAUAUUAUAAUAGUGAAUAUAUACAGCAAGUUGAAACUAUGAAACUUUAAAUGCUAUUGUUCUUGUUAUUAAAAAUUUGUAAAUCUUAUAAAUAAACUCUGAUUAACGUUAAA